GCCACGGAAACUUCGGUGGGCAACCACGAGCUCAACGACGCGCAGCAACCAGCAGCAGAACUCAAUGAUCGCCACACCCAUCCGCCAACGCACCCGCCGUGACGAGGACGCCGAGGCCCUCGAACAGGCGCUCAACGAGUCGCUGCAGCCGGACUUUCUUGCCCAGAUCGUGCACGCCGAGAACGAGUUGCGCCAGCUCAAAUUGGUCGCUAGCGCCCGCGCACGCGCCGAUGUUCCAUCGUCCACGCCGGCAUUGAUCGACGACGACGACGAUGAUGAUGAUGACGUUGAUGCACCGGACGACGUGGUGGCCGCCGCCCUCGAGCCCGCCAACCUCGAAGAUCUGAACGCCGACGUGCCUUGCUGCCACAUGCCCGAGCGCAUGCUCAUGCUCGUGCUCGAGUUCCUCGACGAAGACACGAUCGGCAACUUUAGCAACACGUGCCACCACUUUCACCGGGCUGCCUCGGACGAGCACGUCUACGAGAUGAUGUGUCGGCGCGUCUUCACGGUGCAGAGCCGCGGGCGGGCCGUCAAGCUCGGCAAGUUUUCGUCCUGGGCGCACAUGUUUCGGAAUCGGCCGCGCGUCAAGUAUCACGGCUUCUACGCGCUGCGCAUCUCGUACUACAAGGAGCCCGAGUGGAACAUGUGGACCGAUCUGCCCAAGAAUGCGAUUCUGCAGGCCAUUUACUAUCGGUAUUUCAACUUUCGAAGCGACGGCACGUUUCUGUACGCGAUGACGCACCGCCACCCGCGCGAGACCGCAGAGCUCAUGCGCCAGCGCGACACGGAGACCAUCUUUGUGGGCAACUACCACUUUGCCCGCGGACAAGUGCACGCAGUUGUGCCCAUGCGCCACGGCACGCUCGAGUUCAUCUUCCGCAUGGCCUCGAGGUGGCGCGCGCCCAACACGCAAUUGGUGCUGCUGUCGCAUGCGCUGUACCAGCCGUCGGACGUGGGCUUGCAGCGCCCGCACCAUUUUGACGUGAACGACGAAGCGUUCAACUUUCGACGCUUCUGGCACCUCUAGCCCGCCUCGGUCGACGGCUCUUCUUGUUGCAACGUUGCUCAUGUAAUCGCUAAUCUUAUAGCUCGUCUUAUCGUGCGACGU